GGAGUGUCCCUCUCCCCGCGCUACCCAACGCCCAUUCUCGUCGCCCCCCUCCCUCCACGUCACUCUCCACGAACCUCUCUCCCCCCUUUCCUCAGUGUCCCUCGAGCGUCAUUCGCCCUUCCUCAAGGGAGCCGGGUCGCGCUAUGGCAAGCAGCAGGGCAAGGGCGUCGCUGGUCCCACGCCAGCGCUGCAUGCUGUGGCGGGGCCACGGUAGGCAUGGCUGCUCUUCUCGUCGUGCUCCGGGCGGCGCUGCUGAGCACAGCGAUACUGCUGCUCGUAGUGGCGCUCACUCCCGUGCCCCGUCCCGCGCAGCUUCGGCGAUAUAAGAGGCCGCCAUGGAUCCGCAUUACACACCCCGCGUGCGCUCCCAGUGCUCCUUCCCACCAUCGCAAGCACCGUGCCUCCGUGCCCGCUGUCGUGGAGCACCUGCUGCCACCGCGCCUCCUCUAGCGCACUCAUCGCUCUCCCCUCCUCCCCUCGCCAUCUCCUGACCUUCGUCCACGUGGCACCUCUCCCCAUGGCGGCAUCCGUCGCAGCUCGCGCGCUGUGCCCGGCUGUCCUCCAUUCGGCUGGCGUCCGCCAGCUCUCCGCGCACCCAGAUGCCGCUGCGCGCCCCUCAUUGCCGCCGUCACAGCCGCGCUUUUGCGCCACGGCGGGCCGCAGGCGGAGCGGCGUGACCUGCCGCGCCGUGGAGGCGCCGCCGCGAGAGGCGGGGUUCGGCCAGUGGGAGCGCGAUGACGUGGCGGGCGGAGGGGCAUUUGGGGAGCGGAUGGUGCAGACGAUGCGGCGAGAGGCGCCGGGGGGGGAGGCGGGGGAGCAGUGGGCGGCGGGCGAGGAGGAGAUGGCGGUGAGCGUGGAGUGCGACGAGAACGGAUGCCUCAUGGUGCUGGCGGGCGACGGCACGCCAAGGCACACGCACGGCGGGGAUAGCGCACGGCAGCACCUGCACUGCGACCUCUCUGGGUGCCAGUACUCAUCGGUGGCGGCGGCGUCGGAGUUCCGCGUGCUGGAGGGCAACGGCUGGCGCCUGGGCUUCGAGACCACGCCCGCCUCGCUGCACGCCGCCGCCGCCAUGGUGGGCGCGGGCGGGUGGAGCGUGUCGCUGUCAGCAGCCGAGUUCGACGACUUCUGCAAGCUGCUGCAGAUGCUGCGCCGUGCGUUUGUCAUCAUGGACAGCGAUGACGUCACCACCUUGAAUGAAGGCGCAAGCACAGCUGCAGGCAGUGAAGGCUCGAAUGAAAUCGGCAUGCAGUUGGAGCGCGGCAGUGUGUGGAUGGAGUGUGUGCUGCACCGCGACAAGCUCUCCGCCCUCAACCGCUUCCUCAACCUUGGAGCGGCGCACAGCAACGCCGCCUUUGCCAUCCGGUUCGUGCUGCGAGGGUCUGCCACCCAGCGACAGGCGGAGGGCAGCUGGCCGGCGGAGGCAGUGACCGACAUGCUGAGGAAGAUAGACCAACUCUCGGGGCUGGGGGCAGCUGCUAGCAACUAGCCCACCCACACAUGCACUCGCUGGAGUGCCCGUGCUGCCUUUAUCGUUGGUAGACUAGACACCAAUCUACUUAGGUGUGAGUUGUGGCUUGGUACCAUUGUGCUGCUUUGUUUUGAAAAUUAGAACACUAGAAGAGAUUUGAUCUUCUUUAAACAAACUGUGUCAAACAUA